AUGCUUGAUCUCCAAUCACUACAGGAUGACCUGCCAUCCCUUGAGCCUGCGCCGGAACUACCAUCCACCUUCGACGAUGUCACACAGACGUCACGUGCUCUCACAGACGGCCUCUUCUCCGACUGGCAUCAGUUGAAGGAUAUCAUCAAGAACCUUGACGACUUGGUUCAGAAACGAUGGCGUAGUAAGACACGAGACCAGAAGAGAUCUGUCCUGUUAGAAGCUUGGGGGUACGACAUGAGUGAUCACCAUCGACCUGACUUGACCUUGUUCAUCGACACUUCCCACAAAGAACCAUCACAUUCACUCGAUGCUUACAAGUGGCCCUCUGUUAACCUGGAAGAUCUUUUGAGACCGAGAGUCUUGCCAACCUUUCUCAACUCUCGUGGCAGCCAUCAUCCUUAUGUCUUCUGUCAUGCUGAUCUCAGUGCUUGCGCACUUGGUAUCUCAGCAGGCAAGAUUGGAAAGAAUGACAUGAAGGGAUACAAAAUGCUUUUCCUUGACACCGAUACUCACCAGAACUACGCUGAACUUGUCCCGGAGAGCGACACAAACAACUCCGCUUACAUCAAUUCAACCGGGUCUUGGUUUAGCGUCGGACAAGGGCUACUUAUACUGGAAUUACAGCAACGCAUCUAUCACUUCUUAAUAGCUUGCGCAAAGCUCAUUAUCCAUGACCUUGUUUCUGAGUCAUCCCAAGACUCAACGUCUGGUCCUGAACUGCAGCCUUCGCCUUUGGCCACCAAUGAAUCGACUUUCGUAACAUUGGCGAUUUCUACCAUGGACGCCCCGUACCGAACUCCGGCGCAACUCGACAUGCAUCGACUUAACUCCCUCGUCACUGCUAAGCGUUCCGCCAUUGCUGAUCAUAUCUGGCUGUUGCGAGAGGAUCCAAGCUAUUUUGCAGAUUGCGUCAAUGAAUGGAAAGAGCACCAGCCCGAAAUGCUUUUGGAUGCACAAGGCAAGAAGCAUCCAAUACACAAAGCCGGCUUGACGAAAGCUUUCUGGAAUCGUGUCUUGAGGAAGAUGAUAACCGACGCGUUACUUUCACUUUCCCUCUGGGAGUAUACUCAUCAAGAAGUGUGCAAGUUCGAAGAACUGUCGCACAGAUACCCAGAUCCGUCCCCACUUCAGCCUCUGCCGGAAGAAACUGUGUUCGCUAUAAAGAAGAUCAGACACUUGUUAGAGCUCUCGGCGGCUAGCUCGAUAGCACUGAUCAGAUCUCAUGUUCCACCAUCACCUCCGAUGCUCAGUUACUGGCAUCGGGAAGGCACAUCUACAGCAGAUCAUCACUCCACGAAGUUUCGCAUGAUGCUAAACACACGCAUCAGUCAAGACCCUGCUUUGGACCGUCUAUUCUGGGCAUAUACAACUUUGUGGGACGAUAAACAGUCUCCCUUGGUUGGUCUCGAUACUUUGGUAGACGAGCUGGACCGCUUGACCUACGCCGACACCAAAGCGAAGGAUCUUCAGUCGGCUUUGGUUGUUGACAACCUAGGUGACCUUGGUGUGACAUCCGAAUGCUUGCAUCAAUUGUCUCUUUACUAUCCGUGGUCGAGGGAUACAGAGCAGGCGAUGGCGCGUGAUCGACAACAAGUUGUAGAGGAGUUUUAUACAAAGUCUGCUGAGUGGGACAACUUCCGAAAGAUGUCCUGGCAGGGUGUUGAUCUGGCAGAUCUGGGAUCACCAGGAGAUGGACGGUUCUCCUAUCCCAUCAGCAAUCGCCGAACAAAGACUAAUGCCUCUGCACUACAUAAAGCCGAAUUUCAUCUUGAUGCAUUUUGGUCUGAGGUGGACAAGCAUCUCGCUUCACAGUCUGUAAUCCUCCCAGACAGGAUGAUGAGAUUGCUACUUUCCGGAAAGCGAUCUCUGCACCGGACGUCUGAGUGGGAAGAGCCUGUAGUUGACAUACCAAAGGGCAAGAUGAACGGUCGAAGCAAUGGAAAGUCGCAGGGCAAAAUCAACGGCAAGUUCAACAGCAACUCAAACGACGAGCGGAAUGGCAAACCUGCAUGUACGCAGAAUUUUGAAGCUGCCAUCACGCCCUUGUCGUCGACAUAUCUCCAACUGCGUGGCUCCCACAAGAGGCAAAGCUCCAUCCAAGAAUCAGUAUCAAUCACGAGAGAUUCACAGGAUGCAGAUGUUCUCGCGACAAACGGACAGAGAGGUGCAAAAGAAAACUUUACAGCUGCCACUGUCUCAACAAGUGACUUUGUGCACGCAAUGCUCUCAAUUGGCUUCGUGGUCGAGAAACUAUAUGCUUCCGUCUGGCACUUUACCCCUCCGGAGUCUGUUCCCGGAGAAAGCAUCCAGUUCCAUGCGCCGCAUGUUGGAGACAAGAUCCGCUAUCACAUGGCGAGAUUGUUCGGACGACGGUUGCAGAGGGCGUAUGACUGGAACGAAGGCAUGUUUGUUGUGCAGCAGUAA